UGGUGACACUCCAGAUCAGCAUUGUGACCUCAGCUGUUCCGCACAUGAAGAGGAGGUCACCCAGCUUGUGCCUUGGCCUAUAAGUUGCGUAGGACAGUGGGCUGGUCCUGGGAGCUGCUGUGGGGAGGUGGGGAAUUUGAAGAACACCCUGGCUUCCUCCAUCAUGGCCAAGAGGGCAGAACUGAAGAAGACAAACCUGGUAAAGGAGGAACACUGCUGGAUGAUGUGGGGCCUCUGAGCUCCUAGGAGUAGAGAACAAGAACUACAAGGCAGUUUUCCCGGAAUUGAAGCCAGAGCCAACCAGAACAUACGAUUACGGAGAAGUUAAACACAAGGGGAUGUUCACCAAAACAGGAAUGACACAGGAGCUAAAGAAUGAACUCAGGGAAGUGAGAGAAGAACUCAAGGAAAAAAUUGAGGAGAUAAAGCAGAUAAAGGAUAUAAUGGACAAAGAUUUUGAUAAGCUUCAUGAAUUUGUGGAGAUUAUGAAGGAAAUGCAGAAGGAUAUGGAUGAGAAGAUGAAUGUUUUAAUAAAUAUACAGAAGGACGACAAACUUCCCCUUCAAAGAGGAUCAAAGGGACAGCAGGACCUCGGGCUGGUGGGAUCAACUGACGUAGACCCACAGCUCAGGCUCAAGGAAAUGGAUGGAGCUAACAGAACACCAUCUCCUCUUGGCAAGAAGAUGAUGGCACCACCAAAGGCAGAGAAGGACUUGCCGGAUUCCCUUCAUCAGUGUAGCAGCUGCUGUCAGGAAACUUCCACACCAGGCCUGGAAAUCCUUUUCACGCUUGGCAUCUGGAGCUGCCUUCUGAUGUAUCUGUGCCUCUUCCCGGAUGAGAUGGAGUAUGUGCUUCCCACCUAGUGCACCACACAAUCUACCAGCAGCUCUGGUUUGUCCUCUCCCCACUCAUUGAGCUGUACAACAAGGAUACAAGGAUGUGCUACCCUCUUUAACACCAUCCCUAUCCAGGCCUCCACCCUGAGAUUAAAAAUCUUCAUUUAAAG